UACCUGUAUUGUUAACCACAUUCUUAUAUUAUCGAACUCAAAAGAUGCUCACGUUGAGCGUGUUGGUCAUGUAUAGUGGAUAUUAUCAAGAUGCUGUUUAUUGUAAUCCGUUUAAUAUUUUUCGGUGUUUGUGGAGUGCAAGGGAUAAUUAAGAACGUGGCCUUAGUAUCGGUUCAUGUCGGCAACAAUCCCAUAUACGGUUAUUUUUUGGCUCGACCUGCUUAUGAAGUUGCCGUUAGACAUAUCAAAAAGCAGUAUCCGCUAUCUUUGGGGAAUAUGCAAUACUUUCCAGUGGUCAAAGAAGGCUACGAUCUGUGUGCCGAAGGUGGAGACCAUGUGCCUGAAGCUUUCUUGGAUUUUUAUUAUAAUCGCUCGGAUAUAUUUAAAUCCGAUGAUGUCUAUCCUGUCUUAGCUAGCCCUGAGUGCUCCCUUCAAGCAAUCCAGCUGGCUGAUCUUGCUCGUGAAUACGAUUUACCUUACUUUACAAGCGUGGCAGGAGAUCUGCGACUGACAAACAAAACACGAUAUUCCACAACAGCCGCAACAGCUUCUCUUGCCGGGCCGGAUGUUGGAGCCGCCAUUGCCGCUUUAUUAGAAUUAUAUUCUUGGAGAACGAUAACCUUAAUCUGUGAUACACUUUCCCUUCACGUGGGAUUAGCCAAUUUUUUUGUUGUUCAAUGUGGGGAUGCCAAAAAGUUAAUGGACAGAGAAAAAUAUCCAGGUUAUGUUCGGGAAAUUGACUCUUCCAUUGGACAGGAUUACACUGAACUCCUACAAAGUUUUAAAGACCGUAGCAGAGUGUUCAUAUUCCUUACAAUGCCGGUUUACAUAAGGCGUUUAAUGAUAACGGCACAUCUGCUAAACAUGACGUCUGGAGGAUUUGUUUUUAUCACACUUCAACCUACCGAGCGUCCCGGUAUACAAGCUGUCAACUGGAACCAAAAGGGAGACGAAAAGAAUAACGCGAUAGCGUCAGUAGCGUACCGGAAUCUAAUCGUUCUUAGCGGAAUGAAUCCGAACUGGACGGAAAUCAAGAAUUUGACAGAUGAAAUAGCCGAAGAGGGAAAGCGGCAGUAUAACACGACAACUCUUCCCGGGGACGAAAAGAACGAACAAAUAACAUCGGUUUAUGAAUCAACAAUGAUGUUUGCUCAGAUAUUCAACGAGUCUUAUCCGGAGGUGUUCACCAUGCGUAAAAGUGAUUUUAUUAAAACGUAUUUCAAUCGGGAAUUUAAUUUUGCCGGACGGACAUAUGCUACGGAUGAGAAUGGGGGCAUGGUGAACUACAUUGUUGUCAGCCGAUUAAACCCUAAUACGACAAACCUGGAAGUAGCAAUGAUCUACAAUGCCACAUCCCGAAGUUUUGUUAAUAUCGUGCCAGAAUUGUGGUACUGGGUUAACCGAGACGAUCCUCCUCCCGAUAAACCGUUGUGUGGAUUUCGAGAAAACGAAUGCGAUGUUUCCCACAUAGGUUCGGCCAUAAAAACUGGAGUUUCGGUUGCGGCGGCUUUUAUUGCUCUGGUGACCUUUGCCAGCUUUGCUUAUUGCUGGACAAAACGGCGCCAGGAGCUUUAUGAUCCAUGGUGGAUACUUGAUCCUGAGAAAUUUAGUUUUGCUCCAAGAUAUCAAGAUACGACCGACAACUUUACUAAAAAGCUUGCGGACUUGAAGCUAGGAGUUGUUGCCAGAUACACUACGCGGCACGUCUAUGCUUUAAAUAUUUCCAAAACUCCAGAGAUGGACAUCAUCCAACAUAUCGCAAAUAAAAAACAACUUCUCAUCACGCUUUAUCAGCUGAGGGGCGUAUCUCACUACAACAUCGCACGCUUUGGAGGCAUUGUUCGGUAUACGGCGGAUUAUUUUCUUAUUUCCGAGUACGGUUCAAAAGCAACGCUGCGCCAGUUUAUUGAAAAAGAACAUAUAGUGAUCGAUAAAGAUCUAAAGUCCUCGCUGAUGUGGGAUAUAUUAGAGGGUCUGGACUACCUGCACCAAAGUUCAGCUGGACUACACGGAAACUUGAACAGUUUAUCUUGCAUUCUGGAUGCCAGAUACUGCUUAAAAAUAGCUCAAGCAAAAUAUUGCAAGUUUUUUGACUUGCUUAACAUAUCAAGAAGUCUCGAAGUCGAUUGCGUGGAAUUACUGUGGAAAUCUCCGGAACUAUUGCCCCAUAAAACAACUAAAGGAGAAAAGCAUAAAAAGAUUCAUUUAGCAACUAAAGAAAGUGAUAUAUAUUCGCUGGCAGUCAUAUUUUGCGAAGUGUACACCAGAUCUUUGCCCCACGGAGCGACUCUGGAUUCAAUCAACUCUAUUCAUGAAGCUGUUAACAAAAUCAUCGACAAUCAUGGAUACAGAAUACCUGCAAUACCCGAAAAGGUCAUGCCUGAGAAGCUGCAGUAUUUACUCCGUUUGUGCCUUGGUAUUCCGAGUAAACGUCCAACGAUCCGGAUAUUCCGCAAACACUUCCGCUCUGUCCUACGAAGACCAACUACGUACCUGGUUCACAUAAUGAAAAGGCUCGAAAAGCAAGCCGAAGAUUUGGAACAUCUGGUUGUCGAGCGGAACCGCGAACUGGAAGGAGAAAUGCACAAAGCGGACUUGUUAUUACAAGAAAUGCUUCCGCUAUCGAUUGUUAGACGUCUUCGCAACAAACUACCAAUUGCUCCUGAAUUGUUUGAAAGCGCUACUAUCAUGUUUUGUGAUAUUCCUCUCUUUCAAGACAUCGUUGUUACCAGCUCACCAUUGGAGAUUAUUAUUUUUCUCAAUAUGGUUUAUUCCCACUUUGACCAUCUUAUCGAAGCCUUCGACGUUUACAAAGUUGAGACCAUAAACGAUUCCUAUGUAAUUGCGAGUGGUCUUCCAAUGCGCAACGGAAUAGAACAUGCGUAUGAAAUUAGCAAACUUGCACUGUCGCUUGUCAAGGCAGUGAGAAGGCUUCCGAACGCUGGUCUUGCCGAGCGAAGUGUGCAAUUAAGAGUUGGAAUUAAUUCAGGUCCCGUUGUGGCCGGGGUUAUAGGAAAGCGUAUGCCGAGAUAUUGUUUGUUCGGGGAUACAAUGAAUACAGCAAGUCGAAUGGAGAGCAAUGGACAAGAAGGAAGAAUCCACAUUAGCAUGGCGACAAAGGAAAUGGUCGAGUCAAGCUUUUACACUGAAGCCAGAGGAUCUGUCAAUAUUAAGGGAAAAGGGAUAAUGAAGACCUUCUGGCUCAUCGAGAACUACGAGAAGGCGUUUGCUCUGUGAUGAAAAAACAAAAUAAAGGACACCAUGCCGGACGUAACGGAGCGAUCUCAAGAAUGCAUUUCCAGACCAAACAACGUUGAAUGUUGACACUCUUAAAAUUUUUUAUUUGUAUAAUGUAAUGUUUUUUAUCCAGCUUAUGGAACGGUAUUUUGCGGAACACUUGAUUCGGUGACUGAUGUAUAUGCUACAAUAUUGAAACCAAUAAUUUAU